AUGGAUACUGGAUAUCUGUGGAUUUAUAUUAACAAGGUACAUGGUCAUCUCAAAUUUUUUAAUUUACAUUAGAUUAAUUUUUCUUAUAAAUAUUCCUAUACUUCCCCCGGGAUUUUGUAAUCUCUUCCUUUUGAAGUCAGAACAGUAAAUUUUACUAUCCAAUUAACAACAGGUACAAAUUAAAUUUCUGGCUAAAUUAAAUUUACAUCUAAUGCAAUUUAAGGAUAGGUUUCAUUAAAAAAUAUUCAUGUCUCUAAACGAUAAUAUUAUCCAUCUUGUAUUUCAUGCACAGGUCCAGAGAAUAAUUAGUGUACAUAAUGCUAUUAUGGAAUACCAAAAAACAUUUUUCCAACUUGUCCACCUAAUCAAUAUUAAUAGAGGUUAAAUGGAU